AUGACACCAAACUCGAGUUUCCCGGUGACCAUUCCACCAAACGUUGCUCAUGGUUUCUUGAGUAGCCUCUUGUGGACUCAAGCACCCUACUUCAUUGUGCCUUUCGUUUUGCUGGCUGUUUGCUUAUCCCCGUUCUUAAAAACCCCAUCCAGUGUUCUCCUCCUCAAUCCGAAGAAGAACGUCUUCGACUUUCUACACAUAGGGCCGAAGAAGAGUUUCUUCACAGAGGCAGAUGGUAUUAUCCAGAGAUGGCUGAGCGGGAAUCCUGUCAAGGCCGCCAGGAUUAACACAUGGGACGGGGAGGUCGUACUGGUGCCCCCGCAUAUGGUCCACGAAGUAAAGAAUGAGAGACGUCUCAGCUUGUCCCUAUGGCUACGAAAGGCCUUUCAUGCUCACCUCCCUGGCUUCGAGGGCUUUCAGGAAGGCGGAUAUCACCACGACAUUUUGAAAUCCACUUGUAACAACCAGUUGAACAAGAAUCUAGCCAAAUUCACGCAACCGUUGGCAGAUGAGGCUGGGAAGGCCAUCUUAGAUAUCUUCACAGACCAAGGAGAAUGGCAUGCGAUUCGCAUUUUGGAGGAAACGCCCAACAUCGUGGCACGAUGCGUAGCACGCGUUUUCCUUGGAGAAGAAUUUGCCUGCAACCCAGACUGGAUCAGAAUCACCCGGGACUAUACUCUUGCAGGAGUUCCAGUCGGAUUUCUUCUGCGGCUUUGGCCUGUCUCUUGGCGACCCAUUGUACAGUGGUUGAUUCCAGGCAUGAGCAAACUGCGAAAGAUGAUGGCCGAGGCCCGACAGAUCGUGGAACCUGCCGUGGAAAAACGUAAGAAGCAAAAGGCCGACGGAAAGACGGGAUUUUCCGAUUCUUUGGAAUGGUUUGAUGAGUCUGCGCGUGGGAGAGACUACGAUUACACCGGUGUUCAGGUCUUUCUCUCAGUUGCCGCCAUUCAUACCUCGACCGACCUGAUCUGCGCGACACUCGUUCGUUUAGCCCAGAAUCCACAGAUUCUCGCACCUCUUCGACAGGAGAUCGAAACUAUUCUCGACGAGUCCGGCUGGGACAAAGCUUCUCUACAAAAGAUGAAGCUGCUAGAUAGUGUGAUCAAGGAGAGCCAGCGCAUGAAGCCAGUGGCCAUCGUAUUGAGACGUAUUGUUCUGGAAGAUAUGACCUUGUCUGACGGGACAGCACUCAGUAAGGACAGCACCGUGGCUGUGCCGUCAUACAGAAUGUGGGAUCCCGAGUUCUACGAAAACCCCGACAAGUGGGAUGGCUACCGGUUCUGUAAGAUGCGCGAGGAGCCUGGUCAUGAGAAUCAGCAUCAGCUGGCUACAAUCAGCGUCGACCAUUUUGGGUUUGGCUAUGGAACGCAACCAUGUCCUGGUCGGUUUUAUGCGGCUGAUUUGGUCAAAACAAUACUGAUCCAUAUCGUCACGAAGUAUGAUUUCAGGCCUCACGAAGGGGAAAGCCUUGAUAGCAUGCUAUUUGGAUUUGAUUCUACCUUUGAUCCGUCUUUGAACAUGGAAUUCAAGAGGCGAGAGUAG